GCGCAGUGGGACGAGAUGCUCGCCGCAGCAGGUUUAGCAGUUGUGGACGUGUACCAGCAGUGGUGUGGUCCCUGCCGGGCUGUGGUCAGUCUCCUCCGCAAGAUAAAGAACGAACUGAGUGACGACCUGCUGCACUUCGCAACGGCUGAAGCAGACAGCAUUGAUGCUUUAGAGAAGUAUCGAGGGAAAUGUGAGCCGACCUUUCUCUUCUAUGGGGGAGGAGAACUGGUCGCUGUGCUGCGUGGGGCCGAUGCCCCUCUCCUUCAGAGGAUGAUUUCAGAAGAACUGGCCAAGGAGAGGCUGAUCCUAGAACAAGGGGGCGAACGCAUAGUAGUUAAAGAUGAAGGUCUAGUGGACGAGGAGGAGGAGGAAGAACAGCAACAGAAUGAUGAAGGCCUCCUUGUUCCUGCAAGGAAAUCCUACACCGUGGCCAUCAUCAAACCAGACGCCGUUGCUCACGGAAAGGCAAAUGAGAUUAUUAUGAAGAUUCAAGAUGCCGGGUUUGAAAUCCUGGCCCACGAGGAACGCAUGUUGACUGAGUUUGAGGCUCGAGAUUUUUACCAGCACAGAGCAGCAGAGGCUUGCUUUGAGGAGCUGGUGCAAUUUAUGUCCAGUGGCCCCUCCCACAUUCUGGUGCUGUCCCAGGUAGAGGGAUCAGCCAAUGUUAUCCCAGCAUGGCGAGAGUUCAUUGGCCCAGCAGACAUGGAGGAAGCCAAGAGGGACAUGCCAACAAGCUUGCGAGCGCAAUACGGCACACAGACGCUUUUCAACGCCGUGCAUGGUAGUGAGGACACUGACCAGGCCAGCAGGGAACUCGCCUUCUUCUUCCCCAACUUCAGAAGCGCCUCGGUAGCAGAGCAGGAUGGGGAGGAAAAGCGUGUGGAGAGAACACUGGCUCUCAUCCGGCCUGACAUUGCCAGAGAGAACAGAGAAGAGAUCUUAUCUCAAAUCAACAAGGCUGGUUUCACGGUGGCUCUCCAAAGAGAGGUGAUGUUGUCAGAGGAGCAGGCUAGGCAGUUCUACUCAGAACAUGUUGAAGAAGACUACUUCCCUGCACUGCUCAAAAACAUGACCAGUGGGCCCGUACUGGCUCUGGCUCUGGCCAGGAAAGGCGCUGUCGAUCACUGGAGGGCCAUCCUUGGUCCCACUGAUGUCAACAAAGCCAAAGAGGGGGCUCCUGGUUGUCUAAGGGCCCAGUUUGCUGUGGAGAAUGAGCCUAUCAACCAGCUACAUGGAAGUGCAAACACUGAGGCGGCAGAGCGAGAAAUCGACUUCUUCUUCCCCAAGCAGCGGACCCUGGCUGUAAUUAAACCUGACGCCAUGGAGAAACACCAAGAGGAGAUUCUGGAGGAGAUCCGUGGGGGAGGGUUCUCAGUGAUGCAGUUGAAGGAGACAGUUCUGUCCAGGGGGAUGGCUGAGGAGUUCUACAAAGAGCACAGGGACAAGCCUUUCUUCAGCCAGCUGGUGGAGUUCAUGUGUCGAGGACCCUGUACAAUGCUGGUCCUGGCCAAGGAGAACUCAGUGGAGGAAUGGAGGGCUAUGAUGGGCCCCAAAGACCCAAUGCAGGCCAAAGAGACAGCACCAAGCUCCUUGAGGGCCCGAUUUGCUUCCGACAUUCUCCACAACUCUGUCCAUGGCUCCUCCACUCAGCAGCAUGCUGAAGAGAAGAUCCGCUUCAUCUUUGGUGACAUCUGCUCGGACACAGAGUUAACCAGCAACACAGAGCUUGACACCGCCCUGCUAGGAGACGGCAGAAACUCUUCAGAUACCAACAAUGGACGAGGAACGGUUGUCUCUCCCGAACCGGGGAAAACGGAUGGCACUGAUCUGUGUAGCGUCACAAACAGCAGUCAAAACGUUGAAGGUGACCAGAAACUUGAACCAAAUCCUUGCAGCCUUCAGACCCCCGAGACUCAAGAACAGGACCGACAUUAAACCAUUAUCUACAAUCUUCCUCUCUUCUGUUAUUCUGUAAACGAACAAUACUACAAACUGUGUUGCUGUA